AUGACCCAAUCUGCUCUGGAAGACCCAUCCGGAACCUCAACUCUCGCAAUGUUUGAGAUUCUGAAGUCCGCCACUGCCGAUGCUGGCGCUGCCCGUCUAGGACGGCUGGCUCUAGCUAACCGCAGAGUUAUGGAGACGCCAAACUACCUUGCCGUCGCAUCUCGCGGAGUGAUUCCUCACUUGACGCCUGAAAACAUGGAAAGAUAUACGGCAUUUGAUGCAGCAUAUAUGGCUAUUGAGGACUUUCUCGAGAAAAGGGAGCCUCCCAUCUUGAAAAUGUCAAAGGAGUCACCUAGAAACCUCCACAACUUCACUGCUUUUUCGUCAGAGCGAGCCAUCGUUCUUGGCCCUAGGCGCUUCCCACCUGUGACAACUCCAGUCGGCAACGGUGCUCAGCAUCUCAGCAUCUUCACCUCCACCGGCUUCCGCAACCUGACAAUACCCGAGUUCACCAAGGUUGUUGAGACGACCCAACCAGACAUCGCCAUCCCUCCGGCAGACCUCUGGCACACCAGCACUACGCCUCCGUCUAAGCGUCAAAUUCGAAUGGUCGAGCGCACCGAGGACUGGGUCGAUGAGUUCAUCAAACUCUCAGAUCCCCAGGGACGACUGAAGGAACUCGGUGUCUCUGUCUUCGCACCCGUACUCCCGGUCGAGUAUCCUCUCCAAUGGGACUACCUCCGAUAUCUCACCGAGGAUGUGAGAGAAUCUAUCUCAGGACUUGCAAUUUAUGAUGUGAACCUACUCCCGGAGCUCAUCAACUACCCGCCUCUUCUAUCAUUGCCGAGAUUGGCAUUUGGUCCUUCCAAGUCCCCUCAAGACCUCCUGCGGCAAAUAGCUCUGGGAGUCGAUGUUUGCACGGUACCCUUUGUAAACGUCAUGUCGGAUGCCGGAGUCGGGUUGACCUUCACUUUUCUACCCCCUGAGACUCAAGGGGAACAACCCCUUGGAAUUGAUAUGUGGUCUCCAGAUCACACUACAUCUUUGCAACCCAUAGUAGAGGGUUGCAAAUGCUACACAUGCACCAACCAUCACAGGGCUUUCAUCCAGCAUCUCUUAAAUGCAAAGGAGAUGCUGGGAUGGAACCUACUCCAGAUUCAUAACCACUGGAUCCUCAGCGAAUUCUUCGCUGGUGUUCGAAGGGCGCUGAACGAAGGCCCCGCCCAGUUUGAGGAGUGCAGUCGCAAGUUCUCGGCCUCUUAUGAAUCCGAACUCCCGGUUGGGACUGGCGAGAGACCCCGAGCGAGAGGAUACCACUUCAAAAGCAUCGCCGGCCAGACCAAAAUAAAUGAGCCCACUUGGCAGGUGUACGAUGGCAAUGACGACGGCAAAGCCACAUCGGGAUCCGAGACGACAGCUGAGCCACCGGUCGCUCCGAGUGCCUAG